UUCGUUCCGCGUCUCGCAUCAGUCAGUGUCGGAGAAACUUGUGAACGGUUGGAGGCACAUCCCGCGACCGACUUCUUGCGUGAGGAAUGUAAUCUCUAUGUGCCGAUUGAUUCUCCUUGUCUCUGCGCGUGACCAGCAACAACUUCGACUCCCUUAGAGAGUAUAAUCAGCCGCAAGGAGAACUACGGAGGCAACUUCUCAAAGGAAGAGGCCACGACUGGGCGUCAAAGCUUGUAAUCGAUGGGUUGAGAACGCAGUGCUGUGAUUUUUUUUUUAAUUUCCUUUUGGACCAAGGUGUGUUGCUUAUACUAAUGAGCCAUGCUGAAGGUGGUCGGAGCCUCGUGGCUGCAAACUCGCAUUUCCACAUACAUACUUGGCGCCGUUGCCCUCCUGGGCAUAGGGGCCAUCAUCCUUGGCGAGUUUGGGCACUGGUCAGUCAUCGAGAUAAAAUCUUCUGAAGAUUAUCCAGAUACGGUUCAGGCAUACUCCACCGGCCUUCUGGAGGGUAGCUUGACUUGGCAGUUAAUUCAUCACCAUUGGCAUAACACAAUUGAAGCGCCAUGCUCCACACAAGAAUCGAUGUGUGAAAAAAUUCGUCACCAUCUUAAAGAAAAUCGGGAAUACCAUCGAAAGCGUGCUGAAGUAUUGGCAGCCAAGGAUCCGUACUGGCACAUGGUAAGUUUGUUCUACACUCAACUUGCUGGGAUGGAAGCUGGCUGGAAGUUUGCGGUUCGUCGCAGUAGAAAGACAGUGGAAAUUCCAUCUGAAGAUUUUCUGUGGCUCGCCAUGGCAUCUGAUCUGCCUUAUCUUGAUGACACCGUCAAUAAAUCGAAAGUCAAUGCAGAUCUUGCAGGAAUGGCCUUUCUCAAGUUGUUCAACAAAACCAAUGGAGAACCCCAGAUCACAUUGGCACACAACACCGCAGCACCAUAUGGCAAAAUGUUGAGGCUUCUCAAAAGAUACGAUUUAGGGUACCAUCUUUCCCCAUCCGAAAAUUCUCAGGUGGUACCUGGUCGAUCGAUCGUCAUGACAUCAUAUCCUGGAGCAUUGUCAUCACAGGAUGAAUAUUUCAUUAUUGAGAAUGAAGGUCGAGAACUUUUAGUAGCGGGAACACCUCUGGCGAUUGGUGAUCAUGGUAUUUGGAGUCAGCCGAUUCUGAAAAAUCAGUUAAUGCUUGCAGUGCGGGUGAUGUCAGCAAAUCGUCUUGCUACCGACGGUCUUACUUGGUCCAGACAUUUGGCGCUUUACAACGGUGGAACAGCGAGCCGUCAAUGGUUAGCUGUUGAUCCGCGGCUAAACUCAGUUUGGCUGGUUGAACAGCUUCCAAGCAUAACACAUGCUGUUGACUAUUCGAAGGACUUUGUUAAUGUUGGCUUUGUGUCCUGCACUGGGGCGCCGAUGUUUAAGGAAAUUCGGCAGGUCGCUGGUGUUUCACGUGAUGCUGCCAGCGUUAGGAGUAAUGAGAUUGCAAGGCAACUGGCAAAUAUAACGACAGCAAGCAAAAUCGCUGAUCUAUUGCACGGUCACGUUCCAGACGCCCAUGCUGCUUUUAACAACUUUAGCAUGACAUCGGGUACCGAUCUAGUAGAAAUUUUCGCUUUCAGAGGUGAUCUCUAUGCCCAACCGUUCCCUGUUGGUGUUAUCGACGCUAAAAUUGUCACAGCUGGCAUAGAUGGAAUUGAGAACUUCCAGGUUUAUUCAGGGCCAAAUUUUUCUAACAAAAUUCCGGCAUUUAAUUGGACUAGAACAUUUCCAAACGAGCCUCACUAUGGUCAUCCAGAAACCUUCAACUUUGGCAUGACAACUCCAAAGUGGGUUUGGGUGUGAAUGUAUUCUUGCUACCAUAAUCAGUUACAAUCCAUUGUCCCCAAAUUAAAACCUUAUGUAUGUAUCUUAAUUCAUUAUUUCAGCAGUUUUGUUCAUCUUUAUUCAUAUUGCAGUAAGAUCCUGCUGACAUUGGUAAAAAAUUAAAGAAAAAUUGACAGUAAGUAGAAAAGGGGGAAACCAGUUUUUUUUUUUUUUUUUGCUAAGCAUUUUGUAUUGUAUCGAAUUUAGAUUGGCUCAAAAGCGACUCACCUAGGUGACUUGGAAAUUCUAUGAAUUUAAAAAUAAAAAAUUUACUUCGGU